CCUCAGGACCUAGGAAGACUUCUUGGCAGGACAGAGCCAAGAUGAGACUCCCCCUACUUCUGGCUCUUCUAUUUGGGGCAGUUUCAGCUCUUCAUCUGAGGACUGAAACGUCCAAGUUUGAGAGCCCCUUGGGAGAUGAGACCCUGCCUCAGGAUGGGGAGAUGCCAGAACAUGAGGCAAUGGAGGCUCCUGUGGAGGGACUGAUGCUGCCAGAGGAAGAAGAGGAAGGGAUCUCUGGAAGUGAAGAUGACCAUGAGGAAGAGGGGCCUGUCAAGUCUGACUCAGCCCUAAGUGAAGUGGAUAAGGACAUUCAGUGCCCUAAGGAAGAGGAGACAGUAAAACUGGUGGGCAUCCCUGGAUGCAAGACAUGCCGCUUUCUUGUAGUGAAUAGGCCCAUGAUUUAUAAUCAAGCUGAGCAUACUUGCCGGACAUGCUACCGUGGCCACCUCAUCUCAAUCCACAACUUCCGCUUUAACUACCACAUAUGGCACUCAGUCAGAUGCCUCAACCAGGGUCAAGUCUGGAUUGGAGGCGCAGUCACAGGCUUGGGUCACUGCAGGCGGUUUUACUGGAUGGACGGCAGUGCCUGGAAUUUUUGGUACUGGGCUCCCGGCCAGCCUUCUCAAUAUAGUGGUCACUGUGUGUCCAUGUAUAGCAGAGGUGGUGGCUGGACUCUAACUCACUGCAACAUGUGUCUCUCCUUUGUCUGUUCCUACUGA